UUAACCGUUUGCUUGUUAAUGUGAAGGGGGCGUUUCCCCGCAACCUUGGGUUCCCGACUAGCUGAGACUCUCAGCAUAUACAAGUCGAGCACCUCGCUCUUCAUCCUCCAGAAUUGCCAUGUUUUAGUGAAUAGCUUUAUCAAAAACAUCACAAUGACAAACCAUACACAUAAUUCCCAAGGCGAGGGCCACCUUCGGCCUCGCCUAUCAAAGAUCACCAUGGUAGCCAUGACCUUUGCCAUUCUCAAUACUUGGAUCUGUCUAGCGGGAAGUCUAUCUAUUGUUCUUCCUUCUGGUGGAUCUGUUGCGUUCUUGUAUGGUUUCAUCUUUUGUGUCUUGUGUAAUUUUGCGCUGGCGGCCAGUUUGGGUGAGUUGGCGGCGAUUUGGCCGACUGCUGGUGGGCAGUAUCAUUUCCAGUGGGCAUUGACUUCUGAGAAGUGGAGGAAGGUCAUGAGUUUUGCAGUUGGCUACAUCAAUAUCUUUGGGUGGCUAACUCUCGUGACAACCGAGGGUUUCUUCGCAGCACAAUUCAUCUCGGCAGCCUGUGUAGUAGCGUCUAACGGAAACUACGUCGUGGCAGCGUGGAAGACCUACCUCAUAUUCAUGGCAGUCCUCACCUUUGGCACUCUCUCCAUGACCUUCGGUAACCGAAUCCUGGGUGCCUGGAACAAUCUCGCUCUGUAUUGGUCCAUUCUUAGUGUUUUCGUUGCCAGCGUCGUCCUCCUCUCGACAUCCGACAAAACCGACCCCGAAUUCGUCUUUGCGACCUAUGCGAACGAAACAGGCUGGGAUGACGGAAUUGCGUGGAUCUUGGGUCUUCUGCAGUCAGCGCUGUCACUCAUUGGAUACGAUGCUGUGCUGCAUAUGACGGAGGAGAUGCCAACACCUUCUCGGGACGCUCCGUUGGCGAUGGUAUAUGCUGUUGGUGUCGGAGGAACAACUGGUACAAUCUUCAUUCUCGUCAUGCUUUUCUGCCUCACCGACCUCUCUGGCAUCGUCGCAACAUCAACAGGCAUGCCCAUCGUCGAGCUAAUCCUCCAAGCAACCGGCAGCCGCGCCGGCACCACAUUCCUCACCCUCAUGCUAGCAAUUUGCUUCAUCCACGGAACCAACGGCUCCAUCACCAGCGCCUCUCGACUCUUAUACGCCAUGGCUCGUGAUAAAGGAACUCUGUACCACGAGUACUUUAGCCAUAUCCAUCCCAGAUGGGAAGUACCUAUCAGGACUAUUGUUUUGACUUGGGUAUUUAAUGCGAUCUUUGGACUGUUAUACUUGGGACCGACGGUUGCGUUCAAUGCGUUCAUUUCAUCGUGUACAAUCUUGUUGAAUAUGUCGUAUGCUAUUCCGGUUGCGACACUUAUUAUCCGCGGGAGGGACACUUUGACGCAGUUUCAGAGUGCAGAUACGCCUUGGAGAUUUGGAAAGGUUCGGGGGUUGAUCAUCAACUACGUUGCUGUUCUUUACGUCUUCAUCACAUCGAUCUUCUUCUGCUUCCCGCCUGUACUACCAGUCGAUGCCAGCUUGAUGAACUACGUCUCGGCCGUCAUUGGCAUCUUUGCCAUCUUCCUGACGGGAUACUGGAUUCUAUACGGAAAGAAGACAUUUCAGGGCCCGGAGCUCGAUGUCAUUCUUGGAGAAAGGCCGGAACUUGCCGAAGCCACGGAUGAGUUGGCGAUGGAAGAAAAGAAGGUCGAGAGUCCGACGGAGUGAUGUUUUGUACGAUACCUUAAUUUUUAUAUAGCUUGCAUAUAAUGAAUUCAAUGCCCA